GGUGGGCUUCUUUUAAGAAGUAAUUUCUUAUUAACACGAUUGUUUUCUUCUUUUCCCUUCCCAACUGAUCCCACUUACUCUCUCUUUCCGCCUCCUCUACCCGGGCGGGAAUUGUUUCCACGGUGAAAUGAGUGAGAACCCGAGUGAUCCAGUGUCUCCCGUGGUGCGAGUGAGUCGCUGCCGCUGAAGGCGAGGGGUGGGGGUGGGACCUGGGGUUCGAAGGCAGGUGAUCCCCGGGCCCGGCCUGGGACGUGGGAGAACCCGCCACCGUUGCCUCAGCCAUGCUCACACGAAGAUAAUAGAACUCCCCACCAUCCCGAACCUGAACGGGGUCAGAUUUAUACGGAGGGCUCCCCGGGGAAUGUAGAACCCACCUCAGGGCUGAGGGUGCUUGGAUCCCGGGCAUUAAUCAGGGCUAAUCACGGAGCCGGAAUAACUAUUAAUAUCGUUUAAUAGACCCUCCCCUUUCCCUCUGCCAUCAUGGUUCUCCUUGGCAGCAGCGUUCGCAGCCGCCUGAGGGUGAAAACGUGGGUGAUGGGGAAGUUGGUAAUGACUCCGCUGUUUUUUCUCAUGGCUCCUUUGGGCAACAGCUGUCCGCCCCCGGUAUACACUGUAGUUGAUUGCAGGGAAACCCUGUACCUCUCCCCUUCUUUCUCUGCUGAUUUUGCACUUUUCUCUUUGCUCACCACCAAGUGUAAUCAAUAGCAAAGCACUGACAGUACAUAGCAGUAGUGAAAUCUGAAAUAACUAAGAAUUAAUCAGGUACUACAGCCAUGGAUCUGGCUGGGUAAAAUCCAACUGGGGAUUUCAGUUUCAUUCACCUACCCUGUUUUGGUGGUUUUUGUUUUUUUUGUUUUGUUUUGUUUUUCCUUUUCUAUAUUUGGGAAACAACAUCACAAUUUCCCCUCCUUUUUCCUUUUCUUAAUCCCUUUUCUUAAAAGGGGGAAAAAUCCGGAUGGAUUUCAAGGAUUGGACUGGUGUCAACUGUGUUUUAUUGCACACCUAAAUCCUGAUGAUAGGUUUUUCAUUUUCCCCUCAAAGCCUUUUAUUUUGGCAGUUUAGCCAAAUGUGUUUUCCAGAAAGUUAGUUCGAGGUUUUUUCUCCUCUUAUCCUCCUCGCCUUCCCCUUUCCCAUCUCUCCCCCAAACAUUAUUGUCCAAACAUGACUGGACAGCAACUUUUGUUUCUUGACCCUGUGGUAUGACAGUCUGCUAAUAUUGCCAGAAGGUGCAGUUUGGGGGUUACAGUUGUGAUUUUAGCUAUUCAAUCAUAUUAGCAGGAAAAAAAAUGACUUGUUUCUGUUGUACUUGAGUCUUAAGAAAAAGUGCCCAUAGUUUAGUGACAAUUUCCAAAGGCUUUAGUACCACCUGUAUUUCAAAAUGGGGGACCCAAACUCCCGGAAGAAACAAGCUCUGAACAGACUACGUGCUCAGCUUAGAAAGAAAAAAGAAUCUCUAGCUGACCAGUUUGACUUCAAGAUGUAUAUUGCCUUUGUGUUCAAGGAGAAGAAGAAAAAGUCAGCACUUUUUGAAGUGUCUGAGGUUAUACCAGUCAUGACAAAUAAUUAUGAAGAAAAUAUUCUGAAAGGUGUGCGAGAUUCCAGCUAUUCCUUGGAAAGUUCUAUAGAGCUUCUGCAGAAGGAUGUGGUACAGCUCCAUGCUCCUCGAUACCAGUCUAUGAGAAGGGAUGUAAUUGGCUGUACUCAGGAGAUGGAUUUCAUUCUUUGGCCUCGGAAUGAUAUUGAGAAAAUUGUUUGUCUCCUGUUUUCUAGGUGGAAGGAAUCUGAUGAACCUUUUAGGCCUGUUCAGGCCAAAUUUGAAUUUCAUCACGGUGACUAUGAGAAACAGUUUCUGCAUGUACUGAGCCGCAAGGACAAGACAGGAAUUGUUGUCAACAAUCCUAACCAGUCAGUGUUUCUCUUCAUUGACAGACAGCAUUUGCAGACUCCAAAAAACAAAGCCACCAUCUUCAAGUUAUGCAGCAUCUGCCUCUACCUGCCACAGGAACAGCUCACCCACUGGGCAGUUGGCACCAUAGAGGAUCACCUCCGUCCUUAUAUGCCAGAGUAAAUAAGAGCAUUGACCAGCAAAAUGGAGAAGACCAGAGAAUGCAGCAGCGAUUUUCUUUUCUUGUUUUCUUACCACUUUUCUUUCAGAGUUUAAAGAAAAUGGACUCAUGCACAGAACACUAUGCAUUUUGAAACUUGUUCAUCCUGGAUUUAUUUUAAUCAUUUGUAUCACAGAACUUUAAAAAAAAUUAGAUGUCUUCUGCACGGACUGUGUGAAAGAAGGUGCUUUGCAGAUUGCUGCACUGCAUCGGCAUCUUACUAAAAUGUGAAGGAAGGACUAUUGUACACUGAAAUGCUUAAUGUAUCUGAAAGCACAGGUGAUGCUCAGUGUUGUGGUCUUCAUGUUUGUGCUGGUUUUUGCCUCUGACAUCUGUCAUCAGUAUUGAGGGUGAGAGUGAAUGUAACAGGUAUAAAUAACACUUAAAAACUUAAUAGCUUUGCUAUAAUCACCGUUGUUCCAGAGCACUGUCAGAUUCAUUCUAAUGACCAGAAUGGUUGUUACAAAAAGAAAUUACAACCAAGGGAAAGAAAUCUUAAUGAAAAAAGCAUCUCAUUGAGGUACUUGUACCUCAUGUGCACUGGGCCAUGUUUGUUUUCUUGGUACUCAUUAGUACAUGUAUUUUUCCCAGAUCUCUUUCCCCGAGUUGCUGUUAUAGAGUACUCUGCUGUGUGCAGAUGCGUUUACACACAUUAAAGCAGAUCUGGAGUCUGGCGUGGCUAAAUGCAGCUAUAAAACCAAGGAACAUUCAUAGCUGCAAAAACCAUCAUAAGUAGAGGACUUUUUGGUUUUUGUUUUGUUUUGGUGUUAGAAAAUUUAAUUACAAAUAAAAAAAAUCCAGUGAA